UAUAUUAAUUAUCACGUGUUGCCACCAUUACUGGGAGAGAUGUUGCUCUUCUCUUUAUUUGAUAGUCUGGAAGGUUCUCUUCCUCUCUACCUCCUCCUCCCUCUCCUCUGUAUCACUGCUAGUGUCCAGUCAGUUCAAGAUUUCACCAUAUACCGCAUCCAGCACCUGGAUAUACAUGGAAGCCACAUUGGUUCUCGUUCGGCAGUCGUUAACAUGGAGGCACGGUCACCAGAGGCUGCCAUGUUGAACAGGAAGUGUGUCCUCAUUAAAUGGACGGAACUAACCAGCGACUUAUUCAAUGAAUUACUGGAGAGAGGAGCAGGAGCUGUACUGAUAAUACUACCCAAUGACUGGAGGAAUAAUGAUAAUAAUAACAAUACAUUACAUGAGUGGAUGUUGUUAGAAAAGGAGUUAAUGUCACGUGAGAUAUCAAUUCCGGUUUAUCUAACGACAGAAAGUGAAUAUUUAAAUGAAGUUUAUGAUAAGUUGACGUCAUCAGUUGACUGGGAUUCAUCAGCUGCUGCUGCUCUCUUCUCCUCCAUUACUGGUGAAGGUUAUUCACUGAUUGCUGAUGCAGUAGAACCAGUUCCUAUUAUUAACCCUGAGAUAACUACUAUAAUAGGCAAAUUGUCAGGUCAAGGUUAUGAGUCUGAGCUUCCCACUGUUGUCAUGACAACCCAUUACGACUCGUUUGGAUUGGCUCCGGGGCUGGCAAGUAGUGGUGAUUCAGGUGGUAGUGGUGUGGCAGCCAUUUUGGAACUAGCCAGGCUCUUCUCAAAUUUAUAUUCCAAUCCUCAUCAUAAACCCAAGUACAAUUUAUUAUUUGUAUUGACUGGAGCUGAUAAUUUCAAUUAUUUUGGAACCAAAUAUUUUAUUGAAGACAUGCUUGAAGAUGCAGAUGGGUAUCUUUUAAGUGAAGCCGACUACACGCUAUGCCUUGAUGCCCUCGCUGGGGGGUCUGAUAUUUUUCUACAUGUUUCCAGACCCCCCAAGGAGGGGACUAAAGGACAGGAACUAGUGGCCAGAAUGAACGAAUCCCUGUCAUUAGUGGCAGGUCUUUCCAGUGUCACUUUGAAUCAUAAGAAGAUUAGGAUUGGUGAUGAUGCUUUAGCUUGGUCUCAUGAGAGGUUCUCACUCCAUAAGGUCCCAGCUGGUACUCUAUCACACUUCUCUCAUCACUCGGACAUCAGAAGGAAAUCAAUGUUCCAUACCAGUACUGAUGUUGAUGGUCUCAGUGCUAGUGUCCAGUUGAUUGCUGAGUCAGUGGUGAGGCACAUACUGCCUGAGAUUAAUGAGAUGGACAACUACACCAGUGGAAUUUUCACAGGCCAAAUGUCAGUACAUACUGAUAGUCUUCAAUCAUGGUUGAAUUAUUUAUCUCAAACUGGGCGGUCCCAGCAAUCUUUAUUAAAUAAGGACCAUCCAUUACUCCUCAGUCUACAGCAGACACUCUCCAGUUAUGUUCAUGAGGUGUCCACCUUCACUCAUAAACCUGAUAAAAGUGAUCCUGAGUUUGUCAUAUACACUCAGUCAGUUAGUAUCAUGCACUCAUACAGCGUGAAGCCAGCAGUACUUGACCUAGUGUUAGCGAUCAGUAUAUUGUUAUAUAUGGGAGGAGUCUAUCUAUUAGUAAUGUAUUUUUCAAAUAUUAGUCAACUUAUAAAUGAUGUUAAGUACAGGGUGAAAGCUAAGAGAGAUUAGUUCAAUACACACACUUACCAAUGUAUGAGUAUUGAACAAUGGACAGAGACUAGCUUGUGUGUCUUGAAAUCAAAUCAACAAUUCUAUAGUUACUAAUAUUAAUAUUAUUAUUAUUGUUUUUGUACUAGUGUGAAACUGAAUUUUGUAGCUAAUGAAAUUUGUACAGAGUA